AUGUCUUUCAUCUACAUUUUUCUUCGUGUAAAACUGGGUUGUGUGGUGACUAGUGGAGCUUCUGCGAACCCAGAUAUUGAAAUAGUCGCUAUUGUGAAUAAUCAACAUGCAGCUGAACCAAAGAAAAAUGAAGCCAUUCAUAUAGCUCGCGAGGUGGCUGCCGAAGAUCAAGACACAUCUAAACCGACAUUGAGUUCAUUGAAUUUGUUCGGAGAGGAAAUUGAGCGGUUGUUGAUGGCAAGCUAA